CGGCGACUCCACACGCAGAGCUUGCGCGGGGGCGGGGCUGGGGCCAGGGCGGAGCGUCCCCAACGGCUCCCGCUGCAGUUCGAACUGUGCGUAACUGGCCUUCUGCCGCUCGCGUGGUGUGUGUGCUGUUUCCUCGCCUGGGGCCCAGGAGAUAGCCCGAGGUUUCUGAACGCAGGCAAGAGCGCGGUGUGCGCUGUCGUGGGCUUGGGUGUCUUCCAACUACGACUUGGGUGGAAGCAAGAGAUACUGAAAAGAUAAAGCAGUUAUGGAGACCUGAUCAUUGACUUCUCAAGGAGAGUCUUCUCACUUAAGUUGAAGCGGAUUCGUGGAAACAAAAGGGGGAGGAGGACAGAAACAUUUUCUUUAAGACUACAUCUCGUUUAAUUUUCUGCCAAGGUUUCUUCUAAUAAGUGUUAGUCCAAGUGAAAAUUCCGAUUAUGCCUCUAAUCUCUCAAGAUCUCAAAGGCUCAUUCUCGAAGAUCUUUCUCAACCUAGCCAACUUGGACUUUUGAAUUAUUCACCCUAUAAGAAAGAUGGUAAAAUGUCCAGUAGCAGUACUGAUUUCCAGAAAAAGCCAAGAGAUAAGGUUAUUGUUUUUAGGCCUGUCUACUUAAAUACAUUUUGAGAUUUUUCUUUAAAUGCCUUAUUCCUGUUUUCCAUAAUCUUAGUAUAGUGCUCCAGCCUUUUUUGUAUUUAAAUAUGAUGGUUCUUGUUGCAUCCUAAUAAGAAAGUAAUUAUUUUGGUGCAUUACUCUAUUUUAAAGCUUCUAUAUUUACUAUCUUUUUGCAAUAAAUGUGUUUUCUAACACCCUUGAUCUUAGCACUAUACCGUGUACAUGAUAGCUAAUCAGUUGCUUAUUAAGUGGUUAAAGCAUACUUACUGUUUAACCUGGAUCAAGAGCUAUGUGACAGCAUGGAACUGUUCUCUUUUCAUUACCCCUAAGUUUUAUGGAUGAUCUUAGACAUCUUCCCUGGUAUGAAACUCUCUCUCCCUGCCCUUUCUUACUCAAUCACCUUAUCUGUUUCCCUGUGUUUACCCCUCUUCUUUACUCAACCCCUCAAUCUCCCUUUCUGCUCUCUUCUUCCUGUUCUUUAUUAUCCCACUGACAGCUUGCAUAUGUGUUGCAUAUGCACGUCAUAAUUUUUUUUUGAUAAAAAUUUGCUCUUCCACUUCAGAAAGCAGAAAAUUGAGAGGUUUUUCUCUUUGUUAAGGAUCUGAUACAGAUGCAGUAUGUAAAUGUAUCUGAGCCUACAUUUUAGAAAAUGAAUUCAAAUUCCAUGCCUACAAAGAUUAUGUAACUGGGAAAUUUGAACUCUAUCCUAAUUCAGAUUGCUGAUUGUUUUUUAUUAUGUGUAUGCCUUAGUUGAAAUCAUUGUGUUUUAUCCUAAGCAAAAUCAAAAGACAAAUGACAAGUUGGAGGGGAAAAAUAUUGAUCAUGCCUAUUAAAGAUAAAAAGAUGUCUUUUUCAUGUACUUCCAUGGAUCAGGAGAUAAAGAGUCUUCUCGAGAAACUUGAUAAACUGAGGCAACAGAAUGCUUGUUUGGUCUCACAGAACCAUUCUUUAAUGACUAAAGUAGAGUCUGUCCACUUCGAAUUAACACAAUCAAGAGCGAAAGUUUCUAUGCUUGAAUCUGCUCAACAACAGGCAGCCAAUGUGCUGAUCUUAGAAGAACAGGUUAUAAAUUUGGAAGCAGAAGUUUCAGCCCAAGAUAAAGUUUUGAGAGAGGCAGAAGAUAAAUUAGAGCAGAGCCAGAAAAUGGUUAUUGAAAAGGAACAGAGUCUGCAGAAGUCACAAGAGGAAUGUAUAAAGUUGAAAGUGGACUUACUUGAACAAAGUAAGCAAGGAAAGAGAGCUGAACGACAAAGGAAUGAAGCACUGUAUAAUGCUGAAGAGCUGAGUAAAGCUUUUCAACAUUAUAAAGAAAAAGUAGCUGAAAAACUGGAAAAGGUUCAAGCUGAAGAAGAGAUACUAGAGAAAAAUCUAAUUAACUGUGAAAAAGAAAAUAAAAGGCUACAGGAAAAGUGUGGUCUAUAUAAAAAUGAACUUGAGAUUCUGAAAGAGAAAUUAAGACAGUUAAAAGAAGAAAAUAACAAUGGAAAAGAAGAACUAAGGAUCAUGGCAGUGAAAAAUUCAGAAGUUAUGGCACAACUAACUGAAUCCAAACAAAGUAUUCUGAAGCUAGAGAGUGAGUUAGAGGACAAAGACAAAAUACUUAGAGAAAAAUUUUCUUUAAUGAAUGAAAAUCGAGACUUAAAGUUAAAAAGGGAAAUGUUUGGUUUUAAAUCAUCUCUUUCUAAGCACCAGAUGAGUAGUUUGUCAAACAAGGAAGACAAUUACAUUGGCUGCUGUGAGGCAAAUAAAAUGGUGAUUUCAGACUUGAGGAUUAUGCUUGCAAUAAAAGAAGCAGAAAUUCAAAAGCUUCAGGCAAACCUGACUGCAAAUCAGUUGUCUCAUAGUCUUAUUUUGUGCAAUGACAACCAAGAAAGUGGCAAAUUAAAUAUUUUAGAGACAGAACCUGUAAAACUAGGAGGUAAGCAAGUAGCAGAAAAUAUAAAAGGUCAAAAUCAACAUACUGUGAACAAACAAUAUGAAAAAGAAAGGCAAAAGCUUGCUUCUGGAAUAGAAGAACUACAUACAAAGUUGGUGCAAAUAGAAGCUGAGAAUUCUGAUUUGAAAGUUAAUAUGGCCCAAAGAACUAGUCAGUUUCAGCUGAUUCAAGAGGAGCUGCUAGAGAAAGCUUCAAACUCUCGCAAACUUGAAAGUGAAAUGACAAAGAAAUGUUCUCAGCUUUUAACUCUAGAGAAACAGCUGGAAGAAAAAAUAGUUGCUUAUUCCUCUAUUGCUGCAAAGAAUGCAGAACUAGAGCAAGAGCUUAUGGAAAAGAAUGAAAAGAUAAGAAGUCUAGAAACCAAUAUGAAUACAGAGCAUGAGAAAAUUUGUUUAGCUUUUGAAAAGGCAAAAAAAAUUCAUCUUGAACAGCAUAAAGAAAUGGAAAAACAGAUUGAAAAACUUGAGUCACAACUAGAGAAAAAAGACCAACAAUUUAAAGAACAAGAAAAGACAAUGUCCAUCUUGCAGCAAGAUAUUAUAUGUAAACAACAUCAUCUUGAAUCAUUAGACAGACUCUUGAUGGAAAGCAAAGGGGAAAUGGAAAAGGAAAAUAUGAAGAAAGAUGAAGCUUUGAAAGCAUUACAGAACCAAGUAUCUGAAGAAACAAUCAAGGUCAGACAACUAGAUUCAGCAUUGGAAAUUUGCAAGGAAGAACUUGCCUUGCAUUUGAAUCAGUUGGAGGGAAAUAAGGAAAAGUUUGAAAAACAGCUAAAGAAGAAAUCUGAAGAGGUAUACUGUUUACAGAAAGAGCUGAAAAUGAAAAGUCACAGUCUUGAAGAGACUACCGAGCAAAAUAUUAUUCUACAGCAUACUCUUCAGCAACAGCAGCAAAUGUUACAACAAGAGACAAUUAGAAAUGGAGAGCUAGAAGAUACUCAAACUAAACUUGAAAAACAGGUAUCAAAACUGGAACAAGAACUUCAAAAACAAAGGGAAAGUUCAGCUGAAACGCUGAGAAAAAUGGAUGAGAAAUGUGAAGCAGCCACACAUGAAGCAGAUUUGAAAAGGCAAAAAGUCAUUGAGCUUACUGGUACUGCCAGGCAAGUAAAACUUGAGAUGGAUCAGUACAAAGAAGAGCUAUCUAAAAUGGAAAAAGAAAUAAUGCACCUAAAACGAGAUGGAGAAAAUAAAGCAAUGCAUCUCUCUCAGUUAGACAUGGUCUUAGAACAGACAAAGACAGAACUAGAUAAGAAAACAAAUGCUGUGAAGGAGUUAGAAAAGUUACAGCACCACACUGACACUGAACUAACAGAAGCCUUGCAAAAACGGGAAGCAGUGGAGUCUGAACUACAAAAUGCUCAUGGAGAAUUAAAAAGUACUUUAAGACAACUCCAGGAACUGAGAGAUGUAUUACAGAAGGCUCAUUUAUCAUUAGAGGAAAAAUACAGUACUAUAAAGGAUCUCACAGCUGAACUUAGAGAAUGCAAGAUGGAGAUUGAAGACAAAAAGCAAGAACUCCUUGACAUGGAUCAGGCACUCAAGGAAAGAAAUUGGGAACUAAAGCAAAGAGCAGCUCAAGUUACACAUUUGGAUAUGACUAUUCGUGAACACAGAGGAGAAAUGGAACAGAAAAUAAUUAAAUUGGAGGGUUCUCUGGAGAAAUCAGAAUUGGAACUUAAAGAAUGCAGCAAACAGAUAGAAAUUUUGAAUGAAAAAUUGCAAAAUGCCAAAGAACAGCUUCGAGAAAAAGAGUUUAUAUCAUUACAAAAUGAACAGGAGAUACGUCAACUGAAAAAAGAAACUGAACAAACACAACACAAGAUGAAAGAAAUGGAAAGUGUUAUGAAAGAGCAGGAACAGUACAUUGUGACUCAGUACAAAGAGGCCAUAGAUUUGGAGCAAGAAUUGAGGCUAACCCGGGAGCAGAUGCAGAAUUCUCAUAUGGAAUUGGUAGAGGCUCAUCGUCAAGAAGUCCGAGCACAAAGAGAAAUAGAAAAGUUAUCAAGUGAACUAGUGGAAAUAAAGCAGCUCGCUAAAGAGAAAGAAGCUCAUGGGAACCAUUUAGCUGAAGAAUUAGGGGCUUCUCAAAUACGUGAAACUCAUUUAGAAGCAAGAAUGCAAGCAGAAAUCAAGAAAUUGUCAGCAGAAGUAGAGUCUCUCAAAGAAGCGUAUCAUUUGGAGAUGAUUUCACAUCAAGAGUGGAAGAUUUCUGCUGAAUCACAAAAGACUUCAGUGCAGCAACUAAAUGAACAGUUAGAAAAGGCAAAACUGGAAUUAGAAGAGGCUCAGGAUACUGUCAGCAAUUUGCAUCAACAAGUCCAUGACAGGAAUGAAGUAAUAGAAGCUACAAAUGAAGCAUUACUUAUUAAAGAAUCAGAAUUAACCAGAUUACAAGCCAAAAUUUCUGGACAUGAAAGGGCAGAAAAUACCAAGUUUUCACCAGCCUCAUUUACAUCUCCAACAGAAAUUAUUCCUGAUGUUCAAGAUGGAAAAUGUGCUAAACAUUCUCACACAGUUUUUCUCAAGUGUAGAAAACUCCGUCGCUCUAUUAGUGCCAGUGACCUUAGUUUUAAAACUCAUGGUGAUGAAGAUCUUUCUGAAGAAUUACUACAGGACUUAAAAAAAAUUCAGUUAGAACAACCAUCAACAUCAGAAGAAAGCCAAAAGGAUCUGACUUACUCCCAGUCAGAUUCAUUUAAACCUUUUACAUACAACCUGGAUGACGAUCGUUCUGAGAAUAAUGACUUCAGUACUCUUAGUGGAAUGCUAAGAUACAUAAACAAAGAAGUGAAACUGCUGAAAAAGUCUUCUGUGCAAACAGGGAGUGCUUUAACUCAGGGAGAAAAUUUGUGAUUUAAAGAUGUUGAUGUGAUGAAAAAUGGGAUUUUUGGUCCUGUGCAGUGUUAACUUAUUAUAUGUAUGUCGUACUUCUGUUAUUUUACUGCUUUUGAAUAAAUUUUAUAUUUGAGUAUUUUUAAAGAAAGUUCUUCUAAAGCUUCUACUUUUUGUGAAAAUUAAUUCACUUUAUUCAUUAUUUUUUAUUUAAACUUCUGUGUUUUUUAUGUAAAAAUCAUUGUUACGAUACACUAAGUAACUUAUACUUCAAUCGGACUAUCAUAUUUGCUUAUUUUUCUGGUAAGCAAUAUUUUUUUAUAAUAAGUAAUGUGAAUGUAGAAGUCAUUUUUCCACAGGCUCAUAAUUCACUAAUAAUGGCUGGCUUUUGUUGAUUGUUUACCAUUUAUCAGGUACUAUUCUAGGCACUUUAUGUCUGUGAAGUCAUUUAAUCUACAUAAAAAUCUUGUGAAGUAGAUAUUAUUAUUAUUCCUGUUUUAAUGGAAUAGAAUGGAAUUUUUUAAUAUAAUGACACAAGUGUGUGUUUCAAAGAAAUUUAUUUGUUGUAAGUAUCAAGAGAUGGACUUUGGAUUAGUGACUCCGUUUAUACAUGGUUAACUUUAUGGUAGCAUAAAAAUAAUGCAGCAAAAUUAAGAUGACAGAUUUAAACCUACAAGUUCAAAACAGUAAGGAGUUCGGAUUUGAUGUCUUAGACUGAAGUUUUAAUUUGUUAAUGAAUAUAAAUGUAUCCUUAGAUAAUAAUAUGGACUCAGUCUUUUCUAAUAGUUAAAGAUUAAAACCAUUAAUAUGUUGUCAGUACCAUUUGAGCAGGACUAAUUGAGAAUUUGGAAUUGUCAGGAAUGGAAUAAAGUUUAUCUUUUUAUUGCUACU